AUGGGCGUCGACACUAAUGAUGUCGGGUCCGCUGUCGAGAGGGAGCGCCAGCUCUCUGUUGAUGCGGAUACCGAAGCCAAAGAUCACACCGACUACGAACGCGUUGACAAAGAACUCGCUAAAUAUGUCGCUUCGUCACGUAUUGAGAUCUCGCCAGAGAAAAACGAUGAGUUGAGGCGUAAGAUUGACAAACGCGUGCUCGCCGUCAUGAUCGCGACAUACUUCCUGCAGGCCAUCGACAAGGGCACUAUGUCCUUUGCGUCCAUAAUGGGGAUCCGCGAGGACACAAACCUGACGGGGCAGGAUAACUUCACCAUUGCCCGGGUACCUAUAGCCAAGUAUCUGAGCUUCAACAUUGUCGCGUGGGGCACCGUUCUCGCCUGUACAGCGGCAUGCACCACAUUUGCAGGCCUGGUGACUGUUCGCACGCUGCUCGGUCUGUUUGAGUCUGUGUGCCAGCCGGCGUUUGUCGUCAUGUCGUCCAUGUGGUACAGGCGAGAGGAGCAGGCGGCCCGAGUAACGUAUUGGUAUAUGAUGAACGGAACGCAGCAGAUUGUCGGCGGUCUCCUUGCGUAUUGCUUCAGUCUCAUCACCACGGGACCGCUCAAGUCGUGGCAGUGGAUUUUCCUCGUAUACGGUGUCGUGUCGGUCAUCUUUGGCCUCUUCGUGGGGUGGUGGUUGCCCGAUUCGCCGAUGAGGGCCAAGUGCUUCUCCGAGGAGGACAAGCACCUCAUGGUGGAGCGUGUCCGCGACAACCAGACGGGCAUACAGAACCGCGAGUGGAAGAAGCACCAGUUCUGGGAAGGACUGACGGACCCGCAGGUCUGGGGCUAUGCGCUGGUGCAGCUGUGCACGACGCUGCCGACGUCCGGGCUGGGGGCCUUUCAGGGCAUCAUCAUCAAGAGCUUUGGCUUCACGACGCUGCAGACGCAGCUGCUCGCCAUGGUGCUGGGCUUCUACAUCAUCAUGGUCCUGCUUGCGUCGGUGUGGCUGGUCAAGAAGACGAGCCAGAACCUGCUGGUGAUGCUUGGCUUUGUGGUGCCUUCGUUUGUCGGCACAAUCUGCCUCAUGACGGUGCCGCUCAACACGAUGGGCAAGAAGAUCGGCCUUGUGAUUUGCUACUACAUCACGCUGUCGUUUUGGUCGGCACAGACGCUCGCGCUGUCCAUGGUGUCGCGCAAUGUGGCUGGACAGACAAAGAAGAGCGUCGCAGUUGCCGUCAACUUCAUCAUCUGGGCUACGGGCAACGCAAUAGGACCCCAAGUCUUCCUGGACAGGGACAAGCCCCGGUACUUUAUCGCGUUUGCGACGCACCUGGGCUGCUACAGCCUCCUCGUCGUGGUCAUUGUCGCGCUGCGAUGGUACCUUGUGCGGCAGAAUCGUCUGCGAGAUGGCAUGGCCGACGCCGGCGUGCGGGAGGCGCGUGACGAGCGCAUGCUGCACGCGUUUGAGGAUCUGACGGACAGAGAGAAUCCCAACUUUCGCUACGUGUAUUGA